GUACAGGAAAUUGGGUGUCGUAAAUUAUGUUACAAGGAAAUGUUAUUUUGCAAGUUUCAACUUUGCACUAAGCGUCUGAUUACCAGCCUUAAGGGUUUACUUUAACCAAAAGUCAUAUUUCACUUCAAGGAGCCUUUGAUAUGGAAAAUCUUGAGAAAGACCGGCUGUAUUUAACCAACGGAAAUGGGAUUUCCAGUAGUGAUUUGGAGGCUGUCGUGAAUGAACUCUUUCAAAAGAACAUGAUCAAUAACAUCGAAUUUGACAAGUACAGAAAUAACCGGAAUAUUCUCAUCUCCCGUGUUUGUACUUUCUUGGACAAUAUUGAAAAGAAAGGACCAAUAGUCGUUGCAUAUUUUUAUUUUGCAUUUGAAAGGAUAAACAAACAUGCCUAUGAUCAGCUUCCAUCCAGACAAGCAGGGUACAUGACUGAUGGUCCUGCGCCUCCAGACCCACCCUCAGUGCCUGAAUCAUUUGAGGUUUGUGUGAAAAAGUUGGAAGAUGACUUUGUGCACUUCUCCAACGACAGUAAAAUCAACGAUGUUACUCUGCAACUCCUUGUUGAAGCUUUGGCCAAUAAGCAAGUCUUCAAUGCAGCAGAAAAAGAUAAGCACUUGAACAGGAAUGAGGAGCUACACAGACGAGUUACUGAUUUUUUAACAGACCUGAUGAGGAAAGGAUGUCGCCCAUGUUAUCUUUUCUACGAAACACUCGCUACCUACUGUCCUGACCUCUACAACUCUCUCCCGAGUUCAAGGGCAAACGACGUAGAGCAAAUGCAGCUAUGCUGAAGAAGAGAAGCAAGUGGCAGAUGAGAUGAGGACGGCGUUUAUCCUGCUGGAUUCUGCUUAUUAAAUACUUAUUUUAAGAAA